AUGUCCCUGUUACACCUCAUGACAAGGAACAGGGUCUUCAUUGGCAUAGUUCCUCAAUCGCGGAUAGAGAAAAGUCUUUCCUUAUCUCGAUCCUUUGUCACCAGUUCCAGCAGAAGCACAAUCCAAACCCGCCCGAAUUCCAUUGCUAGUCGGUAUCUUUUAGUCUCCAACAAACAGAUCCGAUUCUCUACUACCAGCUCUUCUGCUGCAUAUGGAAAUGGUAGAAGCAAGGCUGGUAACUUCUUUAGUCGGGAUGUUUCAAAGGUUGGCGACCCGUCGAUGAAAGCUGGUGCCAAAACCACUGGCACCAAAUCCCAGAGCGCCCAACGAUGGGCACGAAUUGCUUGGUGGGUCCGAGCGGCACGUAUACCUGUAUUGAUCGGGUCUAUUUAUAGUUUGGGGUAUCAACAGGGAGUCUUGGACAGUGUUCGGAAUCCCAAUAAAAUUCAACAGACUUCCUUUGAGGCUUGUUGUGUGGAUAUGGGGAUUACAUCUGGCGACGAAAUUGACAUUAUCUGGGAACGAAGACCCCCUCCCAAUUUGAGCCAUGUAGGAUGGUUUCAUUCGUUGAUGGCAAUGGAAGAAGAAGAACAGGCACCCAAAAUCAAGGACCCACGCGCCAAUCGAGUGGCCAGUGUGGGCCGGGACAUUGUGCGAUCGGCCCGGCAGUACAUUCGGCAAAAGUUGGACUUUGCCGUGAAAAAGAAGGAAGAAGAAUUGGCAAUGUUGGCACGCCAAGAGAAUCGCGAGAUUUCGCAGGUGGAAUCCUACAAGGCCAUGUUGGACGAUGAAGAGAUCCAAAAGUGGACAGAAUCUUACGAGCGCAUUGAGGGAUACACUCAUGAUGGAAUCAAGAAUUGGCAAUUCGUUUUGUUGCACACUGACAUUCCAAAUGCCUUUGUUUCGGAUAUGCUUCCGCAACGAGUCUUUGUUACCACUGGACUGUUUGAUCAUUUCGUCAAGACGGACGAUGAAUUGGCCAUGAUUUUGGGACACGAACUUUCCCAUCUUGUGUUGGGCCAUGGAAAAGAACGAUUGUUGGUAGACUUUAUGUUGCGAGGUUUGGAGAUUGCAAUUUUAAUGUUGGAUCCAACCGAAGGACUUUUAUCACUGGGAAUAGCUGGUUUCUUGGCCAGCUCGAGAGAAGCCUUGACGGCCAACACUUCGAGAGAGACGGAAAAUGAAGCGGACGCAUUGGGAUGUACCUUUGCCGCCAUGGCGUGUUAUGACACGGAAAGUGGAAGCCAAGUCUUUAAACGAAUGCAUGAAUUUGAUGUGAAAAAUGGACACGAGAAGCGUGACCUCAUGUCCAGUCACCCAGCUUCCAAGGAACGAUACGAGUUUGUCAAGAAUAUGAGUGAAGAAGUGAAUCCCUCGACCUACUCUGUUUGUGGAAUUUUGGAGAAGAAACUGAGGGGACGAGCAUUGAGUUUGAUCCCUGGCAUAUCACGAUGA